AUGACACCUUAUGAGGCAUUGUAUGGGCGGCGGUGUAGGACACCGUUGUGUUGGAAUCAGGAUGGAGAAUCCUUGGUGUUGGGUCCCGAGUUUCUACAACAGACUUCUGAGAAGGUUAGGGCGAUUCAGGAGAGAAUGAGGGCCACUCAGAGUAUUGGGAGGGCCAUCAAAUCAAGGAAUUUAACUCCGAGGUUUGUUGGGCCUUAUCAGAUUUUGAGGAGAAUUGGCGCUGCAGCUUAUGAGAUCGCCCUGCCACCACACUUGGCGAAUCUGCACAACGUAUUUCAUGUCUCUCAGUUGAGGAAAUACAUAGCAGAUCCAUCCCAUGUCCUGGAGUCAGACGAUAUUCAGAUCCGGGAGGAUUUGACUGUGAACACUGGACCAGUGAGGAUUCUAAACUCGCAAGUGAAAAAGCUGCGAGGGAAGGAAAUCAGGACCGUGAAAGUACUAUGGGAUGAGAGUACUCAGGAGAUGACCUAG